GUGGCAGUCGGUUUCGCCAUGGCCGAGGCAGCGCCGCCGCGCUUCGUCACAAACCCUCCCAAACUGGCCCAGGAUAUCCACACGCCCCUCGGCACAGCAUGCCGUGCGGUUGUAGCACAUGUGCAGGAGCAAUGCCCAGGCCUCGUGGCAACCAUCCAAACGUUCCUGGACACAACGUUAUCCGAGGCCAUUCAAGAGCGUGAAACCAAGUACGUUAACACGAUGAGCGACGUGUUCAAGCAAGAACUCAAGACCCGCAACGACACCGCUCAGCGGCUCAUGCAAAAGUGCGCGGCGCUCGAGACGCGAAUGGCGGAGGCCGACGCCGUCACCACGAUGCUGCACUCCAAGUUGGACCGUCGGACGUACGAAAUGGACAACCUCCGGAAAAUGCACUACAAGGAGCUCCUUCUGCUGCGGGAAAUGGUCGCAAAGCACCGCACCGAUGCGCGCACACUCAAGGCUCUCGAUGAUGCGCUCGGGCGCUCCAACAACGAUGCGGACGACGGGGACGAAGCCAAUUUUGGCGGCCGCGGGGGACGCAGCUCGUCGAUUGUGACGCCCUCAACGGAUGGACGGCUCGAAGCAAUGAAACUCGACUUGGAAAAACGAAAAAAGUUCUCGGAUGGCCUGCGCGACGAGCGCGACAAGUGGCAGCAGAAAGCGAUCGAAGCGAUGGAGCAAGUGGAAGCGUUGAAGGAUUUGAUCCGCAAGCGGGAGAAUAGUCCGAAUGCGGGAGGGGGCAGUGGGUCUGGCAUGUCGGACGCGUACUUGACAGCGUGGUGGUACGGUGGCGCCGAGAGCGGACUCCGCGAACGGCAAGCAAUCGAAUCGGCCGUCUCCGCUCGCCACAUCACGUACGACGAGGUCGCAGGAUCCGUUGUGGAAGUUUUGGCGAGCCCCGACUUGUGGGCGAGCCUCGGAACCCUUGCCCAGCAAGCGCCUCUUACUCCAGCUGUCCGGGGGCUGAUGGCCCACUUGUCCCAGCUCGGCGAGUUUACACUGCGCAAGAGUCCGUCCACAGCGUUUAGUGCUCGAAGCGACGACACCCACCGGCAGGAUGACGACAAACCUGACGUGGCCGGCAGUGUCCAUGCCAAGCCCAACGCCAUCGCGUGUGUUAAGUGCCACGGCACGGGGUACGUUGAGCCGAACGCGGCUCAAAAGGACGAAGAAAACGAACGGAUCAAAGCAUUGCAAAAGAGUGUCGAGGGUCUUCGCAAAGACCUCCGGGCGGAGCAGACUCGUGUGAUCGAGCUCGAGACGACACGUGACGAGCUUGAAAACGCAAAGCGAGCCCUCGUUGCCAAGCUCGGUGAAUUCCAAACGUCGUUGAACGCUGUUCAAGCUCAAGCGGCAGCAGAUGCCCAAGCGCGUGCAGACGAAGCCCUGGCACGCUCGAGCCAGAUGCACCACGCUGCGUGCCAAACGGAUGCCAUAAAGGUGACCAAGCCCCCACCAGCAUCCAGUACGACAUCGUCGUCGCCCUCGCGUCAUCCCGUAUCGCCAACUCCAUCGUCCACAAGCCCCACCGACGCUGAAUUGGGCAUGCUUAACCGCAGCGGCCUCGAAGACCUUGUCGCGGAAAAGUGCGCCAUCAUCGGCGAGCUCCAACUCACGCGACAAACCCAGUCAGAUCAACUCGACGACCUGAAGCGGCAGGUCCAGGCGGCGGCAGAGAACAUGGUCGCAUUCAACCGGGCAUCGGAGAGCGCACAGCAGUUGCUUCGACAGGAAAUCACGGUCCUCCGCGACACGAUCACGAACAUCCAGGACACGUCGUCGGCGUCGAUUCGGGAGAGACAAGCGUCCCUGUCAGCGUACUUGACCAAGAUGAAGACGGACCACAUGAAGGCCGUGUUGCUGAAAGCGCCGCCAGACAAUAAUGCCGGCGACGCCGCGAUGAAAUCAGCCACCGAGCGGGAGGUCGUUGCGAUUGCCAACCAGCAAUUGGAACACGACAUCACGAAGCUCAUCCCGUGGAGUGACAGCGACGUCCAAACCGAGUCGCUGGCGCAAGCAACCGCCCAAGCGGCGAGUCGCGCCGAGGCGGAACUGGACAACUUGCCCAUCGGGUUCAUUCACGAAGACGAAGCCGCCGACGUCGACGCCGCCCAGCGCUUAUCUUUGACCACGGAUUCGCGGCCACACGAGCUAGUGGACACGAUUCAAGCGAUGGCGGCAGAGCUAGAGGCCGCCAAGGCAUCGGCGCGCAAGUUGCAAACCGUCCAGCUGCAACGAAUCGUGACGCUGAGCACGCACUUGUCCAAAGUAGCGAGCGAGCUGCUCCUCCUACGCAAAAAAUCGGGCGCGGAAGUUGCAUUUUGGAAGACCGAAUGUGAAAAACUCGACCGCGAGCUGCUGUGCCUCGUCACCGAGUUCAACUUGUACAAGAGCAACCACAUGAUUGACGGGGAGCGUCAAGUCAUGCAGUCGCUCCUCACGGCUGACCACGAAACACUGUGGGGUCAAGAUGGACCGGAAGCUCGAGCGUUUCUCGCCACCAUGCGCGAGGCGUGUGCGACGUCCCCAGUGAACCCCAUGGUGGCAAAAUUCUUGGUGCUUGGAGAAGCAAUCCACUCGUUGGCCGAGGGCUGUGCCCGACCAUUCCACGCGCUGAAAGCCAUCUACGACGGAUGGCGAGAUGGCGGCGGCGGGUCGUCGACUCCUCGAAAAGCACCUUCCAAGAAGCGUACCAAAUCCAAAGUGGUCGGACACGGCAGCUCGUCGACCAGUCUAGCCGACAUGGCGUCGUCGCCGAGUCCAUCCAAGAGCCCUUCCAAGCGAGCGUCGGCACUAGCUUCCCUGCCCGGGGCGCCGCCUCCUUCCCCCAAGCAAAGCAGCAGUCCUACCAAGAGGCGGCGGUCGUCGGCAUCGUCCAAACCGCGACUCCUGUCGGCACGGAUCCCGACGGGAGACGCUGCCCUUGCAUUGGAUUCCACGUCACCAACGUCGCCAGAGCUAGACCAUGGAGCAUUGUCCACAGCAGAUGACCGCGACAAGAGUUUGCCGAGAGCGUUUGAGCUCACGGCGGUCGACGAAGUGACGGAAGUGGAAGCAUCCAACCAGUCCCCGCAUGACAUUGCCAUGGUCCCCGACGACAUUCACGUGCCCACCGCCCCCUUGGACAAUACGCUUCUGUUGAUCGAAGGGGACUCGCCGCUGUCGACAGCCACGGCAUUGCAAAACCACGCGAGGCUGCAAGUGACGACGCAAGACACGCCGCCGGCGUCCGCCAUGGCCCAAGCGACUAUUCCCUUGGAAUCCCAAGACGAGAACAACAACCCACCCGUCCACGAUGACGGCCGGUUCCUCGACUCGCUCCACGCGCCCAACCCCGCCGAGCAAAACCCCAAGGAGCUGCAGUACCUCAAAUCCCUCGCUGGAAAUCGCACCGAUACACUGCGAAGCCUUGCGAUGACUCAGUGGGAGGUCCUCGUGCUCCAGCUGCAGCUCCUGGCCCUCCACGCCCGCACCGUCGAGAUGAAAGAGCGCCGCGUCCGGUUCAACCGACCCCAUGUUGCCAUGUCGUCCAUGGCCGAGUUGCUGCACCAAGGCAUCCACCGACGCGAGAUUGCGCUGGCGGACUGCCACCAACGCCACGAACGACUUCGCGAACGCCUCAAGCACGUGAAUCUUUGUAUCAUUCACGCGAUAUCGACAAUGUUUCAACCCAGCGAUCGGACCGACACCCGCACUGGACGCCACGGGAUGAGCGGACGUCAGCGACUGGACUUGGUGGACAUGAGCCUCAUCGACAUGAACAACUUGCCAUUGUCCCAGCAAAUUCCAACGACGCAUUUUCCGCUUGAUGGAGCGGUCGACGCGGCUGUGCCACCUCACCCAGCUCACAAAGACCCGUCAUCAUCGUCAAUGUCGUUCUUGACGUCGCCGUUUAAGGCGGACAAGCGAUUUCCGAACCGAACGACGAAGUUCCAAUAUGACAAGGACAAGCAUGCGUACUCGUUCAUGCACGUGACCAAGCUCGUGUAUCCCAAGAGCGCAGGGCCCACCAAGACGCCAUUCGAGCUCAAGCCGUCCGUACAAGUCGCCGGCAUCCGCGUGCCACCUCCGGACGACGUGCGAACCAUGCUGCUGCACCCGAAAGACGACUUUGACCAGCCAACACCCCGAACUCGACUACCGGACGACCAACCCCAUCUUGUUUCGUUCCGGUCGCCCCUGAAUCCGUACCGUCCAAAGUCGACGCCUUCAUACCUGACCCGCGGGUCCAUUCGGCAAUCGCCACGGCAACGAACCAUGCUUGGCAGCGACAGCGACGACCUCGCCUCUCCUCUCGUAAAGCGAUAACUCUUCAGCUUUACAUGUCGUCGGUUGCCAUCGU